GCUGCCACACUUCGCAGCCGGGCAGAGCCGGUGCCGGGCAGUCAGUGCUCGGCGCUGCCAUGCCUGCCGCUGUGCGCGUCCCGCGGCUGCUGCUGCUGCUGUUGUUGCUGGUGGUCCUGCGAGAGGUUGAGUCAUUGGCGAAUUCAAGAGAGUCCAACAUCUGUGGUAAAGGAGAAUACUUCCAUCAACAUCACUGCUGUAAAUACUGUCCUGCUGGCACUCAUGUUUUGGAGCACUGCAGAGUUCAACAUGGAGAAAGCUUUUGUUCCUCUUGCACAAAAGGAAAGGAAUACACUGCUCAUGAAAAUGACCUAGAAGAAUGUCUGCAGUGCAAACAGUGUAAAGAAGACAAAGUAACUGUAAGGACCUGCACUUUGACGAGUGAUACCGAAUGUCAGUGCAAGCCCGGGUAUUUCUGUCCUACUCAACACUGUGAAAUGUGCUCCAAAUGCAAGACAAAGUGCCCAGAAGGAAAGGAAAUUGUGCAAAAGUGCAAUGCUACAAUGGACACAGUGUGUGGUUCACUUUCUGAAGGGUCCACCACUAUAGUUGUUGUGGUUACUGUUUUGCCCUGCUUCUGCCUACUUGUGGCUGUAGGCAUGAUCUUCAUCAUCAUUUGUAAAAAGAAGUCUAAUAAGACAAAUACAGAAAACGAUGAAGAAAGAGAAGUGGAGUCUGAAGGCAGCACUGAAGUUCUCAUUUUACCAGAUGUGGAAAAUGGUCUAACUAGUGCACCACAUUUGGGGACUGAAACUUCUGUUCAGAGUCCACAAGAUCAAGCAGCCAACAGUCCCAUUUCUGGACUAAAAACCAAAUUGCCUGAGGAUAAUGGUGUUGCAAGUUGUGAGAGCCAUAAACUACUUCUUAAUGAUACUAACCACACAUCUGAAGAAGCUCCUCAGGGGACUGAAGCACCAGUGAAGCUUCUAUAUAACCAUAAUGCUUUUUAUCUUCAAGAGUCUAAUAUGCAGAAGGUUCAGGAAUGGAAAGCCAGACCUCAGAUAAAAGUUAAAGAUCUAUUUCAUAUUUCAACAACAGAAAGGAGUGAUAUUUAUUAUUGUUUUAUAAAGCAAGUGCCGGCACGUAACUGGAAAGAGCUCAUCAGAUGCUGUCUAAAGGACACUGAAAUUGAUAAUAUAAUUCAUGAAUUCCCCAAGGAUGUAAAAGAGCAGCAUUAUCAGAUGUUAAUUAAUUGUCAAAACAGUUUGGGAAUUGAGACUACUAUUACUAAGUUACUUGAUCGCCUAUGGAGUAUGCAACUAAAGAGUUGCUAUGAAAAUAUUGUAAAUACUUUAAAAAGUAGAGCUAUUAUAACCAUAUUAGAUGCCAAAGAUUAAUCUAUUUAUUGUUGUAACAAAUUGCACCUGUAUAGAUGUUUCUAUAUUCAAACUUACUUUAAUGCAUGUUGACAAUUUUUUUUUAUUGUUGGUUAGGAAAGCAUAAAAUGUCAACAAAAAAAUGUGGGUAAACUAAGAUAUGGUUUAUCUAAACUGUGUGGAUUGAA